CUAAAGAAAACGUCAUUGUGCAAAUGAUAUACGAUUACGAUUAUAUUAAUGAAGAUACGGACAUGCCGAAUAUAGAAACACAGUUCGUCAAUGCAAAAACGUUUCUCCAAGUGGCUAGCAAAAACACGGGCGACAACUUAUACGAUCACCUUUCGGAUGUAAUCAACAAAAUUUUGGCUGAAAGACCUGAGAACGUAAUAGAUUUUUUUGAAGAAUAUAGCCGAAAAGUAAAGGAACAGAGAUUUAAAGAAGCAAAUGAUCGCUUGGAAGAUAUUUUUAUUGCCCCAGUGCGAUUUAGCUUCGCUGAGAGAUUUAUUUAUGAGCUAAGACCGUUUGAAGUUGGUGAACCAUCAACAAUCGACCCUGAGUAUCUUGACUUGGCCAAUAUAUCGGAAAGUAACCUGCUCAAGCACCUAUUUUAUCUGGAACAAGUCGGUCUAGGUCUUCAGCGCCAAGAGAUGGUUUUCCUCAUGUUAUCAAUGAGAAAUCUGGUACGCACCGAACCUAUAGGUAACAUUCGAUUUUGGGGUAAGAUAUUUGGAACAAUAUAUAAUUACUUGGUGCUUGAAGCUGAGUUAAAAAAGGAUGAUAAUGCGAAACGAAACAUGCCAGUCCCUGAAGAGGAAUGGAAACCAUUUGACAACAUUUUUCCCCCGCAAAAAGAAAUUUUUCGUCAAUACGACGAGAUUAGUGGUGAAGGUGAGUUAACCUCCCGUAUUUUGAAACGUAUGCCGCCCAUACCACAAAUACAGUAUCUAUCAACUCCUCAAAUGGAAUCGGAACCUUUUGAUUUCGGUCUUAAUAAGAAAGUAUAUUACGUAUGCAGGACAGUGGGAGAUCCAUGGAUUCGGUUACCAGAUGUUACAUCAAAGCAAAUAGUAAUUUCCCGUCAAAUUUGUAAAUCUUUUACUGGAAAUUUGGAACAGCUUGUUCCCGCAUACCCCGAGUUUCCCGGAACAGAGAAAAACUAUUUAAGAGCACAAAUUGCAAGGAUUACAUCUGGCACUCAAAUUGCUCCACUGGGAUAUUACAUAUCUGAGGUAGAAGAUGUUGCAGACGAUGCCGAUGAAGAAGAGGACGAAGAAACCAAUAAAGAAACGCGUGAUUUAGAAAUCAAAAACGGUUAUAAAGUAAAUGCAAAAUACGACCCUCCGAGUAUUAAAGAUUUAAAGGACCCCAAUAUGUCCUUCUGGGUACAUACUGCUCCCUAUAUCCUACCUCAGGGUCGAACUGAAAAUUGGAAUCCCACUCCUGAUGAUGGAGAAUUAGGCAUGGAAGACGAUGAUGAUGAGGAAGAAUUAGAUAAAGGUAAAUAUGUCAAAGCAGAACAAGGGCUCCCGCUGCUGACUCCGUGUUCAGAAGACAUUUCACCGGAAGGUGUUGCACCAUGGAGUGUAAAAAUUGCAUCAGGUAUUUUAGAUACCUAUGCUCUAGCGUUUGUAAGAUCCAACUUAUGGCCCGGGGCCUAUGCAUUUUUCACAAAGGAAAAAAGCUUUUUCAAUAUCUAUCUAGGCAAUGGUCUUAAAUAUAGCGUAGAUAAUUUUUCUCCGUGUCCUUUACCACAAAUUCAACAAGAAUAUCCCAUUGGACCAGAAAUUAUAGAAGUACUUGAUCCUACUGGAGCUUCCGAAGAGCGAUGGAAAUCAGAACAUGUAAAAAAAGAGUUAGAAAUAGCGGAAAAAGCUGUGGAAGAAACGGAAACAGAAGAUGAUGAAGAAGAUUAA